AUGGCGUUGAUCAUUCAACCGAAUGCGGCGUUCAUGGUGCCGUUAAAGGACCAAGGACAAGAGAAGGUUUAUAGAGCUUACGAUUUAAACAUUCUAGGCUAUUCGGACAGUGAACUGCGUCGGCGUUACAGGUUUGGAAGGAGGUCUAUCGAGUAUUUGGUGGAUACUUUGAGAGACGAUCUUAAAAGACCAACAAAUCGCGGAUACGCACUUACAGUUGAGCAACAAGUUUUAAUUGCCUUGCGAUUUUAUGCGAGUGGGAGUUUUCUCCAAGUGGUUGGGGAUACCUUGGGUGUGGACAAGAGUUGUGUUUCACGAGUGGUUAGAGAUGUCACUGAUGCCCUCGUUGCACGCAAGGACGCUUACAUUACUUGGCCAACCGACGCCGAGCACCUGCGUACUAUUCAGAGUGGAUUCUACCAACUCGGUGGGUUUCCUAACGUAAUAGCUUGUAUAUACACCUGCUUUGCGGGAAGGUUAACAAACGUGUGUGCCAAGUGGCCAGGUGCCCCUCACGACAGCCACAUAUUCCGGACAUCUGCACUCUGUCAUCAUCUUGAGCAACAUCACACAAGGAUUGCUGACGGUUUCAUUUUAGGAGACAACGGAUACCCGUGUAGGCCUUUCCUCCUCACGCCCUACUUUAACCCCCAUGGACAACCAGAACAGAGAUACAAUGACAGCCCAUGCGCGACACGUGUGACACUUGAGAGGACAUUCGGCAGGUGGAAACGACGUUUCCAUGUCCUACACUCUGAGGUAAUAUUGAUACUGAGUAAAGAUAUGUUUCAAUCCUAA